AUUUCAUAGACUUACGACUUACAUAGUAAUCUAGGCAUCCUUACGAAGUUGCUGUGUUGUCAAAAUUGCUUCACAAUAUUGUGAUACAUUGUUAGAAUCCAUUUAAGUUGAAAUUAUCAAUUUUUCAAUAUGAGAACGUGUCAAACAUGAAUUGAAAACGUUUUACAACAAUUUGAGGAGACGACCCGCCGUGUAUACACGCGUCUCGAUUUUACAUUUUUCAUGAAAAUUGAAGCAGUAAUUUAGUCAACAUGGAUGGUACAUGGUUCCUUAUUCUGCUCGCGCUGGUGAUGUUAGUGGGAUCUUAUGUUGCUGGCAGUAUCCCAUUAAACGUGAGCAUGUCUGAGGAUAAACUGAAAAAGGUGACAAUAUUUGGCGCCGGAUUGCUCGUCGGAACAGCCUUAGCUGUAAUCAUACCAGAAGGAGUACGAGCGUUGUUUGAACAUCCUCACACCCCAGCUGUGACUAAGGACUACACUGCUGAACCAACUCAUGAAGACAGUCUAUAUUCUGUUAUAGGGAUAACGCUAGUUUUAGGUUUCGUCUUCAUGCUGCUAGUGGAUCAGAUGUCGUCCCGUUACAAUGAUUCCAGUAAUCCGAUUGAGAGAAACGUUACGGCCACCGUUGGCUUAGUGGUUCAUGCAGCCGCGGACGGUAUCGCUUUAGGGGCGGCCGCCACGACGUCGCACGCGGACGUCGAGGUCAUAGUCUUCCUGGCCAUAAUGCUCCACAAAGCCCCUGCGGCAUUCGGGCUUGUCACAUUUCUGAUGCACGCAGGCCUCGAGAGGAACAGGAUAAGGAGGCAUCUCCUCAUAUUCUCGUGCGCGGCUCCCCUACUAGCUCUCCUCACGUACUUCGGUAUCGGUAACGAGAGCAAACAGACCCUGAGCGAGGUCAACGCUACAGGUAUAGCGAUGCUGUUCUCGGCAGGUACGUUCCUGUACGUAGCUACCGUCCACGUCUUACCCGAACUAACCCACACUCAACACACGCACACGUUACUGCCCACCCAGGAGGGUAUGCCGACAAAAAGGGGCUUCGGUGGCCUUCAGAUAUUCGAAGUUAUCAUUCUCUCUGUGGGGGCGCUGCUGCCAGUCUUACUGGCCAUGGGUCAUGACGAUUAGCCUCCGACGUGGUGGAUAUCUUGGGAGGAACUGGACGAUUGAGCUCAACAUAAUCAGAACCAUAAAGUCGUUUGUGCGAAAUAAAAUAUGUGCUAAAAUCGCCUCUAAGCACACGAGUCCUUGUUUUAAAUUUAAGGAGUAUAAUUUUAGGGAUAAUCUAAACUAGCGCUCGCCCGAUGAUCGAAUUUCGACUUUAAGCACUAAAGAUUUAAGAUUCAUUUUAAACGUAAUAUUUUGGUUUUUCAAAAGCUUGUCUCUGUCAAACAAAAAAAAAUGCUACUUAAUGUUUUUGUAACUAGUAUGUAUAUUUUUUUGUAACUAUUCACUGGUAGCAUAAGGGGUUAUUUCAGCUACGCGCGGGUAGGUGAGCUAACGGGCUCAACUUGAGAGAGUUUGUUAACACUAGCCCUAGCAAGAGCAGUGCUUCACUGAAUCUACCAGCGGAUCGGAAACGCGACCCACUGAGAAGAUCCGGCGAGGAACUCAGUGGGUUUGCUUAUAGUAUACUAUUUGUCUCCUAUAUACUCCAAAACAUCUGGAUUCCGAUGAAAAUAUCUCAGGAAAUCUUGUAUUAGUCCGUCGGCAAAGUCAACCGUAAUUUGACUAAUACUAAUAAUCUGAAUAGAAACAAUGCGCAUUUCUGUGCGUUAAUUUUUUUUAGUUGGAAUCACAGAUAUCCAUGUAUGGCUCUGAUGUCGCGGUUAGCAGCGAACUUGGCAAUAAGAUGAUUUUUGUUAAAAAUUAUGAAGGCAGGAAAAUUGACGUGAAAAAGAUUGUUUUUUUUUUUAGAUAUGUUUUCAAUCGACUGUAUUUCAUAUGUGUAUAAAAAAUUACGGACGAAUUAUAGUUUUGAUUUAAUCAAGAUUGUUACUGUUAAAUUUGACAAAGCAAUCGGUGGGAUUACGUACAAAUUUUGCCCCAUUAAAUUGUGGAUUGUAUGCGAACAUUAUCGAUUUUUCGAGACUUUUUACAUACGAACCUUAUUUUACAAAAAGUAUUUACAAUCAAACCAUCAUAUAUGUAUUUCUUAUCUAUGUAUUUUGUAAUUUUUUUUAUUGCUUAGAUGGUUGAGCGAGCUCACAGCCCACCUGGUGUUAAGUGGUUACUGGAGCCCAUAGACAUCUACUACGUAAAUGCCGCCACCCACCUUGAGAUAUGAGUUCUAAGGUCUCAGUAUAGUUACAACGGCUGCCCCGCCCUUCAAACCGAAACGCAUUACUGCUUCACGGCAGAAAUAGGCGGGGUGGUGGUACCUAACCGUGCGGACUCACAGGAGGUCCUACCACCAGUAAAAAACUGGCGUUAUCACGUAGAACUAUCGUCCGUAAAUCGACUUUACAGACAACCAAUUGUAUUUUUUUUGUAUUUAUUAAACACCCUUUUUAAGCAUUUGCUGGACUUUUCAAGAAACAAUUGGUUAAUUUUCGUAAUUUUAAAAGGUUCCUAAAAGUCUUGUAUAUGUGAUUCGACUUUGCGAUAAAUAAAUAUAGAAACACGGCAGCGGUGGAUAUUGGACGUAUGGCUUUGAAAUAUUUUCUCUGACAUCACCAUAAUAUCCAAGAGGUGUGUGAACGAAACCAGUGUGCGUAGUGAGAGUUUUUUAAAGUCCUCGAUAGCGUAAAAGUUAACUAAAAUUUAUAUGGUGCUGGAACGUCUGCCUACGUUUGCCGCUAGGGGCGCUGUACCAACUGCAUACAAAUCAGAGUUAACUUUUACGCUAUCGAGAACGUUAAAAAACUCGGACUACCCACACAGAUCCCUCAAUCCAACCGGUCAAUAUGCUUUGUCGGUAAAUUAAAGUCGAUCAAUCAAUUGGCGUCACUCAGUGCCAACGAAAGUUCUGGACAAAAUAAGUGAAAGAAAAAGAAAGGUUUUUUUAUCAUUUUAUAUUUUGUAAUGCUUUUUUUUUGUAUAUUAUGAAUUUUAUUGUAAAUAAAGGAUAUAUUAAAGUGA